AUGACUGGUGAUACGACCUCCCCACCGGAGCUGUCUCCCGACAUGCUCGAAAAGAAGGAAAGUGUACCGCGAAAUGUCGACCUCGAGGCGAGCAUCGAGCAAGACGACCCUCUUGCUCUGCUGUCCAAGAUCGAGACCAACUCGGAUGCGCAUCCGAUUCGAUGGCCGUGGUGGAAGAAAUGGUCCAUCAUCUCUGUGUACUGCCUUCUCCAGAUCUUCGUCACCCUGACUUCGACGACGUACGUCUCGGUCGAAUUUUUGAUCAUGGAGAAGUGGACCAGCUCCACGCAGGUCGCUACGCUCGGCCAGAGUAUGUUCAUCGUCGGCACUGCCGUGGGACCUGCUUUCCUUGGCCCCUUGUCGGACAUUGGAGGGAGGAAAUGGGUAUACGUGGGAGCAACCCUUUUCUAUGCGAUCCUCAAUAUCGGCACCGCCCUGGCCGACAACUUCCCCAUGUUGGUUAUCUUCUGCUUCCUCAUCGGAUGCGCGGGCUCUGUUGCGUUGUGUAACGUUGCGGGCACCAUUGCCGAUCUCUUCGGCGACCAUGACGGUGCGGCGCAACCCAUGGCUCUUUUCGUCCUCUCUGCCAACUUUGGACCAAGUCUGGGUUCUCCGAUAGGAGAGUGGAUUGCAGAAAACGAGAGCUUGGGAUGGCGCUGGAUAUUCUACAUCAAUAUCAUCAUUGGCGGCGCAUUUGCCGUUCUGCUCUGUUUCAUUCCUGAGACUUUACCCCGACUCGUCAUCGCCAGAGCGGUCAAGCGACGAGGUAGUGUCGAUCAAAAUGCCGUGGACAUUGCGCUCGGGUCAAGCAGGCUGUCCGUCGUGCGGGAGCUGAAGUUUGUGGCGACAAUGGCACUAAGGAUCAUGUUCACCGAGCCGAUUGUGAUAUCCCUCGGAUUAUAUAAUGGAUUUGCCUACGGUUUGCUGUUCCUCUACCUCGAUGGCGUCUUCGAUGUGUUUGUCUUCAACAACGGCCUAAGUUUUAUCGGAGCUUCGUUGACCUAUCUCAACUUUUGUGUUGGGGUCACUGUGACGUUCAUUUUCGUGCCGGUCCAAACCUACCUCUUUCGCCGCGACAGGUUGAAGCACGGUCGCCAUCGGCCCGAAGCCCGUUUCCUCACCUCUCUGGUGACUGUGUGGCUGUUUCCAAUCAGUCUGUUCUGGUUUGCUUGGACAUGCGAUGGUUCCGUGUCAUUCUGGUCUCCUGUCGUGGCAGGCGGCGUGCUCGGCUUUUGUGACCCGCUUCUUUGGUUGGCAAUGCUUAACUACAUCACGGAUUCGUACCCGAAUGUGGCUGCCAGCGCCAUUGCCGCUUUCCUCAUCCCAAGUUUUCUCAUUGCGGCAGGUUGCGCCCACGCUGGUGUUGCCAUGUUUGAAAACAUGGACAUCAGAUGGGCGUUCUCGACACUGGCAUUUAUCUCCAUCGGUUUGGUUGUGCUGGUAUAUGUUCUUUUCUUCUUUGGGCCGACAUUGAGACGUUGGAGUCCGCUGGCCAGAACUUUUUGA